CGUCCCUCCAUACAAUUGCAAGGCGAUGGGGCCCAACUCUGCAGCGUAGCUCUCCGCGGCAAGGAAUCCUACCUGAUCUGAAGGCCACAACUGCAAGGCCAAGCCGCUAUAUAUGCCUCCGUGCCGCGAAGCACGGGUGAGAGGAGAGAGGAUAAACUGGGAAAGAGGGUCUUCGAAUGCGGAGGAGCCGAGGCAUGUCUUGCACAAGGUCUCUCGUAGCGGCCUUCACGAAUGCUGUGAAGGGUGGGCGCUCAUGUGGACAGAAGUCUCAGAAGACCUGUAAAACAGACUACAGACAUGCUGGGGGAAAUGACCCACGCAGCAGCCUGCAUGCUGUGGCUUGAAUGGCAACCAGAUGCUGCCGCACAGCGCCCCGAGGUUCAUAUUACAUUGAGUGGUGAUUGACGGAAGGAGUGCUGACAUGAAUUCGCCUCAACGGCGGGCUCCUUUUCGAGCUUUGCUGUCGACGGCGUCAAGAACUUCAACCUCCUUAACUGGUAUUUGUGCAAACUGGCUGGGAUGCUGGCAUAUCUCCGCCCAGCACCUCUGCCUACGGGAAUGGCAGAGGUGGCCGAGCAGAGCAAGGCAAGUCCUAUAGACAGUCUUGCAGACUGGGCAGGCGCCGCUCGCAGCAGCGGAAAAUCUUUGAGGACGCCGUGAUUGAUCUGGCGAUGCUGUGCGAGCUGCUUGUGGGUGUGCAAAGCCACGCCGCAAGCAUCGCAUCGAAACUUCCGACUCGCAUCACCAUCGUCCAAGCUAGCGGCCCGAACGUCGCAAAACGAAUCGGAGAAGUGUACACGAUCAUGUAUGUUCCUGAUGUUUCUGAGCGGUGUCGGAGGCCUCGCAGGCCGUGCAAGAGUGUGCAUGCAGCGCGGAGUGGAGAUCAACAGAGAAAUGCCCAUGUGGAGAGAGGCAGGGAGGUGGAGGAGAAAUUGGCCUCGGAGGGAGAGGAGAAAAACGGGAGGAAAGGGAAUCAGGCUGGUGAGGCGCGGGCGCCUCUAUAGAAAAGCUCUCGGGCUCGCGUGAGGGCGGGCGGGCCCCCUAGAUUGGCCCAAUGUGCCAUUUUUGUUCCUCCUCGUCCUCCUUUUCUUCCUUCUCUUCCUCCUCCAUGUCCCCGUCCUCCACUCCCCAGCCAAUACUGCAAGUCAGAGCGAGAUCGACCCGCCACCAGUCGCGCGGCUCCCCUUGCUGUCUGACCUCUGGGCGCUGUCAGCCUCGGGCGGAGACGCACCAGCGCCCGCGGGGGCCUCGAGACGCGGCCCGCUCGUUACCACCGACUGUGUCGCCUGGUCGAUGAGUCGCGGUGGGGUCAGUUUGUUGCCGGCGUCCUCCGGGGUCCAACGCUGAUCCUGGAUCCACUUGGACAUCUCGAGAACGAGCUUCACCACGCACGAAGGUCGGUCCAGGCCCUCAGUCCAGUCCUCGCCGCCAGGCGGAUCCACGGACACUCUCAGCGUGUUCACGAUGGCGAAACGCAUACGAUGAUGCUGCUUACUGAAACGGAAGCUCACCCCGUGCACAGCUGGCAGCUCGAGUCUAUCGCAGGCACGACGAACCCAAAACUUCAAGUCAUUUCGCUGGUCUGGCCGAGCACAUUGCAGAAUACUACUCUGGGUGGCACAGAUUUGCGCCCAAGAGCUGCCAACUAACAUCUCGAAGGCAGUGCUGCAACGCAACAUGGUUGACUCUGGUGACAUACCGUCGACCCAAACAGCAACCUCGGAAAUAGAAGACGAUGCGCCAGACUCCCCUUCAGAAUUGGUGCCAAAAUACAUGUGUGCAGUCUCGUGCGACGCACACCAGCUCUGAACAUCCAUCUUCAUUUCAGCACUAGGCAUUGUCGGCGCUCUCGGGUGCGUCCUCGUCCUUGGUGGAAUGAGGUCCGCACAUUCUUUUAAAGCCGACCAAGUACGACUCCUUUUUAUCACCACUACUGCAACGCACGCAGAAAACUUCCACCGACACAGAGAUGCCACAAGUGUCCCGCAAUUUGACGUGAAAAGCCGUGCAUAAAUCAUCAUACGCAGUACUGGAGGGUACCUGUUUGGCAAAUUUUUGGCGAUCGGCCUCUGUGACAAGAAAAGACGAUAUACUCACUCCCGCCAAAGAUCGAGGUUCGCCAUGCAUUAACAAAGCCGCGAGCUUUUCGGAAGGCCACACGAGCGUCAGCUUGGCAUCGAGCUCGACCACGGCGUCACAAACGCCUGCUAGGAUCGACAUUGCGGCGCGCAACUCGCUCCGACAUGCUUGACCCUCUAAGAGGGCACUGACCACCAUUGAGAACACGACGUUCAAGAUUACCAAAGAUACAACGACACAUAUCCAAUCAAGAAACAUGUCAUUUGCGGUUUUAGGGUCGUGGCACGGCAUGCCAUUGGACUUGCCAGCAAGCGCUGUGGACGCAGCGGAAAGAUAGCAGAGUGUCGUCCAAAACAAGUUCGCUGGAAGGCUGAAGUCAAUCAUGCAGUACACUAAGCAAUCAUACAAUACAUGAGCCUUGAGGGGGCCGAUCGAUUCCGCGAACUGCAACAGCGGUGACAGAGAAAUCGCAUGUGAGAGUGACAGAAGGCAAUACCACAAAUGAAGUCGUGUAGGGGUCAACAAGCUAGGACACACAUUGACUGACACAACUACCACCCCAGAGCAAGCGAAAUGCAAGCGCCUGGGAACCAUAUGCGGGCGGUCAUCUGCGGAGAAGAACACCAUCGGGUAAACCAUCACGACAACUGCGACACAAUACAACUGGUAGCUUCUCCGUGACAUGGCAAGCCUGAUGGAUUGCUUGCGAUUGUGAACAGAUUGUGGAGUGCCGUCUUUUCCCAAGAAUGGCCGUCCUGACGACUGUAGAGAACGCGAGCAAUCGAGCAGAGUAAUCGUGAAAGCAAGACCUUGAGGCGCCCUCGGUCCACAACUUCCAAGCCAGGCGCGCCAGCAUCAUAGCGGCGCAGGCCGCAAUGCAAAUAAGCUCCACUUGGUGGACAAUACCGGAUAAGUCUGGCACGAUCAUUGGGGAGAUAGGCUUGGCAGCUUGGCACCAAGCUCGUGCGGAAAGGGCACUGAUCCGAAAACUUGAGCCAAAAUGGC